AACAAGAAAUGAUGAACAUAAUUAGACCGAGGGUUGCUCCGGAAAUGAUGGGACAAAAGUGAGCAAGUCAGUGGAAUUGAGUUUUCUUGUGAUACCAAACACAAACCCCUUUUUCCUCACUUUCUCCCUCCAAUUUACUCUCUUUCGUCGCUCCGCAUUCCUCGCUUUCCUCUUUGUUCGUACGUGUAACCUUGCAAAAAGUUCUCUCCUUUUUUCUUUUUUCUGUGUUUAAAUCCCCAUUGUUUCAGUUGUGUUUUUCGAGCAAAAUAGCGGGAGGACACCAAAGCGAGAGGCUUGGAGUGAGAAAAUCUCAGUGAAAGAGAGAACAAGAUUUGAGAUUAAUCUUUGAAAGGAAAAUGAGUGCAGCGGCUACAAUGUCCAUGCCCCGAGAAGCAACAAAUUACGAUGAGAUCUCUAUGCAACAGAGCAUGCUCUUCUCUGAUAGUCUUAAGGAUUUGAAGAAUCUGAGAACACAAUUGUAUUCAGCAGCUGAGUAUUUCGAACUAUCCUACACAAACGAUGAACAAAAACAGAUAGUUGUGGAGACGCUGAAAGAUUAUGCGAUAAAGGCUCUGGUGAAUACAGUUGACCAUUUGGGAUCUGUUACAUAUAAAGUUAAUGACUUUGUGGAUGAAAAAGUCGAUGAAGUAGCAGGAACCGAGCUACGAGUGUCUUGCAUCGAGCAGAGGCUACGGAUGUGCCAAGAGUAUAUGGAUCAUGAAGGUCGCUCGCAGCAAUCACUCGUGAUCGACACUCCAAAGUUCCACAAGCGAUACAUCUUGCCUUCGGGAGAAAUUAAGAGAGGUGGCAACCUCGCAAAGCUCAAGAAUGUUGAAAGUAGUUUUGGUGAAGAAGAUGAUGAAUGGAACCAAUUCCGAAAUGCUGUUCGUUCUACAAUUCGGGAAACACCUCCACCUCCCGUUAAAAAAACGAUACUUCAGUCUCCGCCUACACGGAAACCUCAACGUUCAGCAACAUUUUCUUUCUCCUCUAUCUCCACGGCACCAAAGAAGGAUCAAGAUAAGCGAGCAGUAUCACCGCAUCGGUUUCCUCUGAUAAGAUCUGGUUCGGUUGCUAUCCGACCAUCAUCCAUCAGCCGGCCAACAACUCCGAUCAAGAGUAGAGCAAUAACUCCUAAACGGUAUCCGUCAGAACCGAGAAGAUCGGCGUCGGUUCGGGUUGCGUUUGAGAAAGAAGCACAGAAAGAACCAGAGCAGCAGCAACAACAACAGCCAAGCAAAAGCAAACGGCUGCUUAAGGCGUUGCUUAGCCGACGCAAAACCAAGAAGGACGAUACGCUCUACACAUACUUGGAUGAAUAUUGAACAGAGGCGCUGGUUUUUGUAUUUCUAUUGGUAAACCGGAAACUAUAUUCCAAUUUUAAUUGCAUUUUUCUGUUACAUAAUAUCAGUAUGUAUGCUUCUGUGAAUUUUUGUAUACCGUACGUACGACUGUCAAAAUGUGAAUGCAAUAUUUUCUUACAAAUU